AAUUACGCACAAAUCGUUGUAGAUAUAAAUCCUAUUUUUCAUCUGUUGAUAAUUUGUGAUCACACUCCGUCUGAUUUCUCUGAGUUUGUUUUGAUGGAGGAGGGGAUCGAAACCGAAAGUAAGAAAGGGCGGGGAGUUCCCCUGUCAGUGUUGUUGACAUGAUAAAAUGUCCGUUAACGGCGGGAUCGCGUUUCUUUUACUGACUCUGUCUGGAUCCAAACAGCAUCAGCGAGCGACGGUAACAGUUUGAGCUGCAGCAGCAGAGAUGGCUGGGAGGGUAAAGAGGAAGAGGACCGACUCUGUGGCAUCUGAGGAGCCAACGAGCAGCGACAUUGAGCCAUCAGUCAGCUCACAGUGGAGUGAAACUGAGUCCACAGGUCCCAGUGUUGUCUCCAUGAAGAGUGACUCUUCCAGGCACCCCCCUAUCAAUUUUGGAAUUGGAGAAAAACACAGUCCUAGACGAAGUGAAGCUGAGUCCAAAUCUCCCAGUGUUGUCUCCAUGAAGAGCGACUCAUCCAGGCACCCCCCGAUCAAUUUUGGACUUGAAAGCCAGCAGACCGUGGAGCCGUCCAGCUGUUCAGCGUGUGAUGAUGUUCUGAGGGAUCCAGUCAAACGCAUCUGUGGACACUGGUUCUGCAAACAGUGUGUCAGCUCAGACUGGGACCAGUCUGAUUCACCAGCAGACCACCCCUGCCCGAAGUGCAGGAAGAAAUUCAGAAAAGGUCCUGAACAGCAGGGAGAGACCUCUGAAUACAGAGGGAACAGCCAUCUUUCGAAAUCAAUGAAGAGUUUUAAAGAUUCAAUGAAAAAGAAAUUUACUUUGACGUAUGAAGGUCACGGUGACCAACCGAACUCCCUGAACAGCAUCUACACAGAGCUCUACAUCACCACUGGGGAGAGUGGAGGGCCAAAUGCAGAGCACGAAUUCAGGGACCUUGAACGAAAACUGAAAACGGACAAAUUGUCUAAAUAUAAAAUCAAGCUCAGUGAAAUCUUCCGACCUUCGCCUGGCCAAGAGAAAACUCAUCGAACGGCCCUGACGAAGGGCGUCGCAGGCAUCGGAAAAUCAUUUGCUGUGCAGAAGUUCAUUGUUGACUGGGCCGAGGAGGAAGCAAACCAGGAUACUGAUUUUAUUUUCUGUCUUGCUUUCCGAGAGCUGAAUCUGAGUACAGGUGAGAAAAGUUUGCACCAGCUCCUGACUGAAUUUCACCCUGUGCUCUGCAGUAUGAGAGAGUCAGAGGAUUACCUCAGAACCAGGGUUACAGUGAUACUGGACGGCCUGGAUGAAAGCAGAUUUCAACUGGACUUUGACAACAUGAAACCAGUAACAUCUGUCACUGAAGUAACAUCUGUGGGUAAUCUCCUAACAAACCUGAUCAAGGGUAACCUUCUUCCUGAUGCAAACCUUUGGAUCACUUCCCGUCCAGCAGCAGCCAAUCAGAUCCCGGCAAAGUAUGUGGACAUGGUGACAGAGAUAAGAGGGUUCAAUGACCCACAGAAACAGGAAUACUUCAGGAGGAGAUUUGGUCAUGACUCGGAUCUCGCUCAAAGGAUCAUUUCUCACAUCCAGUCUUCACAGAGUCUGGACAUCAUGUGCCGGAUCCCGAUCUUCUGCUGGAUUUCUGCCAUGUUAUUUCAGGAAGUCUUUGAUGAAAGCAAGGAAGCUGAAGUUCCUCAGACUCUGACAGAGAUGAUGGCACACUUCCUGUUUGCUCAGACAAAACGCAGAAGCAGAAAAUAUGACAGGAAGACAAAGGAGAACUCGGAGAGCCUUCUGAGGACACACAGAGAAUUUCUCCUGAAACUCGGUAAGCUUGCAUUUGUUCAGCUGCAGAAGAACAACCUCAUCUUCUAUGAGGAAGACCUGGAAGACUGUGGCAUUGACAUAAAAGAAGCAUCUGUCUACUCUGGAUUUUGCAAUGCAGUUCUUCGGGAAGAAGUCUUUUCCCAGAAAAAGGUUCUCUUCUUUGUUCAUCUGACCGUACAGGAGUUCUUUGCAGCUCUCUACGUCUACGACUGUUUGACAAACAAGAAUACAACAGAGAUUGGCAAGUUCCUCAGUGUGAAGGCCGAAGAGCACACUUUACUUGAUCUUCUAAAGAUGACAGUUGAUAAAGUGUUAGAGAAGAACAAUGGUCACCUGACCUACUUCUUGCGACUCCUUCUUGGCCUCAUGGUUGAAACCAACCGAAGAAUCCUCCGAGGUCUGCUGACGUCGCCGGACCCAAGCCAAGAUACUGAGAAGAAAAUCUUGACUUAUCUCAGAUCCAUCCGACGGAAAGACCUCUGUCCAGACAAUUGUAUUGUACUCUUCCAGACCAUGGUUGAAAUGAGAGACCACAAAGUCAAAGAUGAAAUUACAGAAUAUCUGAGGUCGACAGAUCGUCCAAAAACAGAGCUGAGUCCCCUGUACUGCUCUGCACUGGCCUACAUGCUGCAGGUAUCGAAGAACGAUCUGGAUGUGUUGGACCUGAAGAGUUACAACACAUCAGACGAGGGCAGAAGGAGGCUGAUACCAGCAGUGAGGAGCAGCAAAAAGGCCAUACUAGCAGACUGCAAACUGACUACAGAGUGGGUUGAACACCUGGCCUUUGGUCUCAAGUUCCCCUCCUCACCUUUACGAGAUCUGGAUCUGAGCAACAAUGACCUGAAAGAUUCAGGAGUGCAGCUUCUCUGUGAUGGGCUGUCGAGUCAGUUCUGCAGACUGAAGAUACUGAGGUUGUCCGGUUGUCUGGUCACAGAGACAGGCUGUGAUUUUCUGACCUCAGCUCUAAAGUCCAACCCCUCCCAUCUGACAGAACUGGACCUGAGCUACAACCAUCCAGGAGCCUCAGGAGAGAAGCUUCUCUCUGAGCUCAGGAACGAUCCACGAUUCAAGCUCAGUAUCCUCAACUUCGGACACGGUGGAAGUCACAGAAUGAUACCAGGCUUCAAGAAAUAUGCCUGUGAGCUCACCUGGGACCCCAGCACCGUCCACAGGAACCUGCUCCUCUCUGAAGGGAGCAGAAAGGUGACCUGGGUGGAGCAGGAGCAGUCAUAUCCCCAGCACCCAGAGAGGUUUGAUCAGUGCCCACAGGUGCUGUGUAAGCAGGGUCUAGAUCAGCGCCACUACUGGGAGGUUGAUGUGUUGGAGCCUUUCAACAUCGGGGUAACAUACAGAACCACUGGCAGGAAGGGGGGUACAAAUGACUGCAAGCUGGGAAGCAAUGAAAAAUCUUGGAGUCUGAUUUGCUCUAAUGAUGGUUGUUUUGUUAUGAACAACAACGAGAGUGUCAGUGUGUCUUCUCUCUGCUCGCGCUCCAGUCGGGUGGGGGUGUAUCUGGAUUGGCCGGCUGGCACUCUGUCCUUCUACAGAGUUUCCUCCGACAAUCGGAUUCGCCUCCACACCUUCAAAACGAAGUUCAGCGAGCCGCUCUAUCCUGCCGUUGAACUUCACCCUGAUUCCUCUGCAUUGCUUUGUCAGCUUCGAUAAACAAGCUUUCACUGAACUAACACGAGCAAACCAAAGGUGGAGAUUUGCAUGUAGGUGGUUGGGACAUGUCCUGUCUACUGAAUUGUUCUCACCAAUGUUUUUAGCAAUCUCAUAGAACUCUACACAGGAUUAACUGCUGCUACCCAUUAGAAUCAAGUUGCCAGGUUUGCAUGCUUCUUCGAAAUUGGGGAAUUUGAGGAGAGAGAGAGAGAGAGAGAGAGGUAGAGAGAGGAAGAGGCAAUAGGAUACAGAGGGCCAACACACCAGCUUCCUGUAAGUAGUAAUGGAGUUUGAAGCAGUUUGCAUGUUUCAGUGUUGGUGGCGGGCCGUGCAUGUUGAAUAAUGAGGCGGUCAGUGGGGGAGCUCUUUGACUGGUUGCCUGACAGCACCAGUUGUCGGGUAAGAGACCACGGGCAAACAACGGCAGAAGUCUGAAGCAACACAGAGCAAAGUUUGAGUUUUCAGAUUAUGAUUGUUUGUGUCAGGGACAGUGGGGAAUAGUCUGAAAAUUCAUGAACACAUGAACCAUCCAUCCAGAUAACAGUGAUGAGUUCUUGAUCCAAAAUUCAAAAUACAAUACAGGGAUGAACGAUAGACAGGAUCAAGCCAAUACAGUAGUUCAGAGACCCAGAGCCUGACCCCAGAUCAGCACUUAAGGCAACAGUGGUAAGAAAA